GCGCUCGUGCUGAACGAGCUGGUCGGCAAGAGGUUCGACGUGCUCCGGCAAGUGGACCAGCUGUUGGCCGCCGUCUGCGAGGUCGGCAGCGCCGGCUGCACGCGGCCAGGGGUGGCGGAGCCGCGACCUGCGGUGUCCUGGUGGCUGCGCAG